AUGGAAAAAUUUAUGCACUUGUGUAACAAACUAAAUACAUUACGGUUGAGUACAAACCGUUGGCAUAGAGCACUCUUUAUAUUUGCCAUCGCUGAACUAAACUUACUACCUGGAGGUCAAGUUGGAUUCCAAUGUAAUGAUCCAGCACUAUCACACCCUUACACUGGAGACACUGUCAACUGGAAAUGGCUUAUAGCUGUUACAGUACUUUUACCUUUAAUUGUGUUACUAGUCAUUGAAAGGCAACAAUGCAAUCCAGAUUUAGCAAAAAAACAAGCACUCUUUUGGUACAAAGAAUACAUGUAUGGAUUUCUCUUAAACAUCACCGUAGUGCAGACAUUAAAACUACUAGUUGGUUCACCGAGACCACACUUCUUUGAUACUUGUGAACCUAAAGAAGCUCAAACAUGUGAAGGGUCAGAAUAUGUAUCAAGUUACACAUGUACCACAGCACAUUGGUUAAAGCAGUCGAACAAGAGUUUUCCAUCUGGACACGCAUCUCUUGCUAUAUAUGCCGGUGUAUUUAUUGCUUAUUACCUACACCAGAGACGAAGUCAGUUAAACUCUCGAAUGGUAAUCUCAGCGCAAGCGAUCAGUCUAAUGAGUGCAUUGCUGUGUAGUGUAUCUCGAGUGUGGGACCGCAGACAUCACUGGUGGGAUGUAUUUGCUGGUGGUUUAAUAGCCUUGCUGCUUCUUCUGUAUACGAUAUUUCACCUCUGUCGUAAUUUUGAAUCUCGCAUACCGAAGACUGGAGUUGUUAUAAAUACUCAAUCAAUGGUCGGUGAAACUAAGACCAGCAAGAACACAGGUGACGUUUUACACUGA